CGCUCCCACUCGCUCCGUUCGACGUUGCUCGUUUACAGUUUUACUUUUUAAUUACUGAGAGAAGUGAAUUGCUUUAUGUUCGAUGAUUCAUAAAGUUUAAAUUCAUUACAAAUGUGCCGAUAGAAGCGGCAACGUUUUACAAAGUGGUUUCAAGAACGUAUGGAUAAUCUGAAACAAUUCAACACAAUGGCUUCGGACGAUAACUGGAGGACUCAAGCCUUUAGGCAGAGUGUUGUGUCCAAGAUUGAGGAGGUAAUCCAACGCUCGGGCGUCCAAGUGGCCCGUAACAGCAGUGAGAUGGAGAACCAUGUGUUUAUGAAGGCCAAGACUAGAGAGGAGUAUAUGAACAUGGUCGCAAAACUUAUUCUGCAUGUCAGGGAAAUGUCUCAAUCAAAACAAAACCAAGGUCAGCAGCAAAUGCAGGGACCCAACCAAGGUCAAGGACCCGGCCCGAGUCCCCAAGUUCAGGCACCCCAAGGUCAACAACAGCAACAGGGGCCCAACCAGCAAGGUCUCACACAAGACCCAAUUAAUGCCCUUCAAAACUUAGCAUCUCAAGGUUCCAGGAACCAAAUGAUGACCAUGGGCCCUCAAGGUCAAAUGCAACAACAAGGGGUCAUGGGCCCCAAUUCUGGUAUGGGGGGAAUGCAAGGUCAGAUGGGACAACAAGGACCAAUUGUGUCUCAAGGACCUCAAGCUCAAACUGCCACUAAUUUGCUGCAAACGCUUAAUCAGAGACCUCAGAUGAAUAUGCAGCUACAGAACAAGCUUGGUGGUCCGAUGGGGAUGGUGGGGAACCAAGGUCAAAUGGGGAACAAUAUGGUUGGUGGUAUGGGGGGAAUGGGGAAUCCUAUGGGCAGUCAGUUGCAGAGUCAGCUUGCUGGUGGCAUGCAGGGGCAGAUGAUGCCAAAUAUGUCUAUGCAAAACUCCAUGCAGGUCCCCAUGAGUGGGUCUAAUACCAUGGGACAGAUGCCGUGCAACCAAGUGGGGAUGGGAGGUCAAAUGGCACCCAAUAACAUGCAAGGACAGAUGCCAGGUCAAAUGGUAGGAGGCAUGGGCAACAGCCAGAUAGUCGGCCUCAACAUGCUACACAUGGGUCGUGUAGGCGUGGCCAACAAACAGGAAGUGGGCGGGAUGCUGGGCGGGGCCUACCCUGCGCGUGCGCCGCCCCCGCAGCAGUUCCUGCGCCAGAGUCCCUCGCCGUCUGCCCCAUCGCCUAAUAUGGGAGGCCCGAGUCCUAUGGGUGUAAUGGGUGCUACUAUGACAUCCCCGAUGUCAUCACUGGGCGGGCUGGGCGCGUGCGGCAGUGUCGGCAGCCCUUCGCCCUCCAAUCCGGCCCAUCUUGCUCACCAUGUGCAACAGCCGCAGAGGUCGCCUAGGGGCGUCGGUAUGGGCAUGGUAGCCUCUCCGUCAUCCUCUCUCAACACCCCCGUGGGGGCUGGGGUGGCCUCUCCUGGCGGCGAAGAGGCAGCCUACAGGGAGAAGGUCAGGCAGCUCUCCAAGUACAUCGAGCCUUUGAGAAGAAUGGUGCAUCGGAUGGUCAGCGAAGGAGAAAAUGUUGAAAAACUGACAAAGAUGAAGAAUCUUCUGGAUAUAUUAUCGAACCCUAACAAACGCAUGCCUUUGGAGACGCUCAUCAAAUGUGAAGUGGUGUUGGAGAAACUCGACUUUAAACGCAGCGAGGGUGUUGUCGUGCCGAGUGCUGGAAAGGAACAAAUCUUCAACCCUCUGCUGGAAGUAGUGAACAACUGUCUACAAUCACCACUAGCUAAUCACACUCUGAAGCGCACAUUUGGAUCUGCACUCGACGCUCUUAAUGGACCAGAAAUGAGGAAUCUACCAACACCCCAAAAGAUACCAAAACUAGAGGAACCACCAAUGGAAAUCCCAGAUGUACUGCAGGGUGAAAUUGCUAGAUUAGACUCGAGAUUUAAGGUAUCCCUCGAACCCAUGUCGUACUUCGGCGGCGGUGGCGGGGCAAUCUCUCUCAUCGCCGCGCUAGACGAGCCGCGCCUGCCGUGCGUGGCGGGCGUGCACGUGUCCGUGCCGCGCGACUACCCCGCCCGCCCGCCCGUCCGCCUCAAGCCGCGCCCGGCCCGGGACCUGGCUCCACACUCCUUCCUCGCCAGGCUGGAGAGGGCCAUGGACGCUAGGUGUGCUAGAUUACCAAAGAGCUGUUCAGUAGGACAACUCCUGGACGCGUGGGAGAUGAGUGUGCGGCAAGCCUGCGCACCGAACCCCGGCACCUACACUCCCGUGCCCGCACUCGGAAUCUAAGCUACAAGUAAAAUAUCUGGAAUACGCCAUUUGAGUAACUAAAGGCAGUUAACUAAAUUUAAACAAUAUUGAUACUUUUUACACAAAUACAUCAUCAUCUGCCUAGCCUUACCAACUGUGUUGGGGUCGGCUUCCAGUCUAAACGAAUGCAGCUGAGUACCAGAAGGAGCGACGACCUAUCCGACUUUUGCUUAAAAUAAUGAUUAAAUGGAUUAAGUUACUGUUAUUAUUGUAUUUACAUUGAUUUUACCCACAUUUUAUUUUUAAACAAGUUUCUAAAUAAACCGUCUGUAAAUGUCAA